UCAUUCAUCCAAACAGCAUUCAAUGUUUACAAACAAACACCUCAGCUUUGCGGUGUGCAAUGGCGGCAAUUCCACGCGAAAUAAAUGAAGUCUGUCGGCUUUGCCUGUGCCGGGACGAGAAUAUUCUCUUUCCUGCGACCAAAUUCAUCGACUCCCAGCUGACCCUGGACGAUGUGGAACGAGUAGCCGGUGUACGGAUCAUGGAACAGGAAAGCAUGCGCUGCGUGUUGUGUGUCGAUUGUAACAACAAACUACGGCACAUCAAAGCCUUUAAGGCCUCCUGCAUCAGCAAUGAUGAGACGUUUAGAAAGUGGUUUACAGUGGCCGAUAAAGAUUGUUCGCGAGACGACACUCAUCCACUGAAAUUGAAUGCUGUAGCGCAAGCAUUCAACGGUGCGGCGCGCGAAACUGACCAGUGUAACGAUUCGGCGAAUGAGUUCGAUGAGGCAACAUUUUUCGACAACAACAUUGUAGUCAUCAAGGAAGAAGAAAUUGACGACCAGGCGGUCAAAUACAUCGUUCAAGAAAUGUAUGAAGACAUGGAAGUACUCACAGAAGAUGUUGUUGACUUCGAUGUUGAUGAUGAUGAUGAAGAUGCUGAAGAAUUUUCCGAGGACAUGAAAACAGAAGGGAGCCAAACAUCGAUAGAUGAUUUCGUUACCAGCGAUGAUCCGGGCGAGGCGUCUGUACCGUACGAACCGUACGAACGGCAGCCAACAACGCCAAACGAAACUUCCGCACCAGCGAUACCAGCGGACCAUCAAACAGUAACUCCCGCCGCCAGUGAGGAAACGGGCAAGAAGAAGAAUCCACAAAAGAAAACCCUUUGCCCGCUGUGCGGCAAAUUAAUACUCUCGCUAAAAGACCACAUGUUGAGUCACACGGGGGAGAAAAAAUACCGCUGCAAGUACUGCCCCAAGACCUGCGGUCGGAAAGGAUCGCUGCGGCUGCACAUGCAAGCCGUCCACCUGAAAAAGAUUGUAAAGAGCUGUGAAAUAUGCGGCAAAGGCUUCACUUACGUGGAGUCGCACGAAGCGCACAUGCGUGCCAAACACGGCUUCGGUGAACCAUUUGAAUGUACCAUAUGCAACAUUAAAUUUCGCCAUAAAGGCGGUUUACGGGGUCACAACAAUCGCAAGCACAACGAUGAAAGCAACUGUGAGUGCCCAACUUGUGGCAUGAAAUUUCUCGACAAGAAAGGAUUACGAGCGCACAGCAUAGUGCACUCGGACGAGCGACCGUUUGGCUGCCGCUAUUGUCCAAAGAUGUUCAAAACUGCUAAAACGCUGAAAAACCACGAAAAUCUCCACCAAGGUGUAACAUUUUCCUGUACGAUGUGCGGAAAAAGCUAUAAGCAUCAAUCGCUGCUAUACGUGCACAUGAAAAAAUGUCAUGACGAGGGUAAAAAUGACAAAUUGAAAUUGGAAAAUGAGUCUAACUGUUUCGGAAACUGCGCUCUGUCAAUCAUCCAAACAAAGUUCAAUGUAUACAAACAGCAGCGUCCAGCUUUGCGGUGCGAAAUGGCGCUAAUUACACGAGAAAUAAAUAAAGUUUGCCGACUUUGCUUAACCGAGGACGAAGUUAUUCUGUUUCCCGCUGCGAAGCUGAUCGACUCCACGCUGACCGUGGACGAUAUCGAGCGAUUUACCGGUGUGCGGAUCUGCGAACAGGAACGAUUGCCGUACGUCGUGUGCAUCGAUUGUAAUAACAAGCUAAGGAAGUUCAUCGCCUAUCGUGCUUUCUGCACAAACAAUGAUGUUCGGUUUAGGAAAUGGUUUGCGGUAACUCUUUCGGACGAUUUGAGCGACCCGGAUCGGACUAGUUCAUCGCUCAAAGCCCUCAUAAAGGAGGAAUUGACCGCUGAUCAACGCGAAGCCAGCAAACGUUACAGUCCUAUCGACGAUUGUAACGAUCAGGCGUUCGAUAGUAAGCAGAAAGUUCAAGAAAUUGAACAGGGCGAACAAAGGAUAGAAGAUGCUACUGCCCUAGAGGGUACGGAUAAUAUCGCCAUAGAUGAUGAGGAUCUGGGUCUUGAGCAGGUACUUUUGAGCGAUAAGUUGACGCCUGAUCCAUUCGAGACAAACAAUACCCUGCCAUCCACCCACCAAAGCGAGCAGCAACGGAAGCAACGGCGAAGGGUUACAGCAUCGCCCGCUGCUAAAGACAAACACGCCACACGGGACAGCCAGGAGCAGGACAGCAAAAAGCAUGUACCGGCCAAGCAGCUGUGCCCGCUGUGUGGCAAACUGGUGCACUCCAUGGCAGACCACAUGCUGUCCCAUACGAAGGAACCGAAGUUUUCCUGCCAGCACUGCCCGAUGACGUGCAGCCGCAAAUCGUACCUCAAGCUGCACGUGGACGCCGUGCACAAGAAGCGCAUCAUAAAGAGCUGCGAAAUGUGCGACAAAGGCUUCAGCUAUAUCGAAUCUUAUGAGGCUCAUAUGCGAUCGAAGCACAACUACGGAGAAUCGUUUGAAUGUACCAUAUGCAACAUUAAAUUUCGCCAUAAAGGCGGAUUGCGGGGUCACAACAAUCGCAAGCACAACGAUCAAACCAACUGCUCCUGUGACAUUUGUGGCAUGAAGUUUCAGGACAAUAUUGGACUGAAGAAACAUGGCCGAGUGCACUCGAACGAACAACCGUUUGCGUGUCGCUACUGUCCGAAGCGUUUCAAAAGCCCGAACGCUCACCGGGCACACGAGCUGAUCCACCAGGGUGUUGUGUUCACGUGUGAGUACUGUGAGAAAACCUACCGGUACAAAUCGCUGCUCAAUAUGCAUGUGAAAAAAGAGCACAAGAAGCAGGUGGCGAAAAGCGAGAGAAAAAAAGCUUUGGCCAACACACAAUCGUAAGAUAAGUUAAAUUAAAAAUUACCAUAAUGCUGUUAAAGCAUUGCGCAGUACGCUCAUUUACUGUUUAUGAAUGUUGAUGUGAAUUUCUCUAUGACUAAAUUAAUAAUAUAUCAAUUAAUUUCUA